AUGGGGUGCUGUUGUUCUUUUUACCGAAUGAAAAAGAUUUUCAUUAUUUUUAACACGGUACUCUGGUUUGCAGGUCCAGCUCUGCUUGGUGUCUCUAUCUGGCAGUAUAUUACUCUACAGUCUUACGAUCCUAUUCUAGAGAUCGGAAAGUUCCAGAUCUCCGCCAUUAUCUACAUAUCAGCUGGAGUGGCGUCCACCUUCAACGGGAUCAUUGGGUGUAUUGGAGGAGUCAAUGAAAGAAAAGGCGUCAUCCUACUGUUUUUGUUCUUUCUGGUGAUGAUCUCUGGUGCUGAGGUGUUGGCUACUGUCCAGUUCUUUAAGUUUUAUGAUGAGAUGCCACAAUAUUUAUCUGGUAGAUUAUUGAAAUUCGUACAAGACUACUACCUUGAUUCUUCAGUUCGUGAAAAUUUAGAUAAUCUCCAAAAAGAGAUGGAGUGUUGUGGGUGUUACAAUUACACAGACUGGUCUGCCACUCAUAUACCAAGCACAUGCUUUAAGAUGUUAGUCGACCAGCACAAUUUAUCGAACACUUCCAAUAUGAUAUACACUGAUGGAUGCAGUGAAGCACUUGAGGCCUGGGCUAAAGAUAAUUUAUUAAUCAUAGGUUGGGGAGGCUUUUCGUUCUCAAUUGCUCAAAUUUUCGGAGCCAUCAUUUCAUCUUGUUUUUACUACACAUUGAAAAAGGAAUUUGGAUGAAGGUGUCUGAUGUUUACUCGAGCUAGGAUCUUCGUGAAUACUUUUUGUUCGGCUUAAAGCUUUUCGUUGAAUCUCAUACUUUUAAACGCUAUUUAAAGAGAUGUGAUGUGAUUGAAAUUAUUUA